CAGUCACAUGAUCAUGUUUGCUGUCCUAAAGCUCUCUCUUAUCCCCUCAACCCAUUUUUGCCAGUCAUUAGGCCAGUAUUUAUUUAUAUAAAGCACAAGAUGUCCGAGACGCCCGUCCCAUCAUGUAUGAGAGCCGAAGACGUCCUGACAGAGAUCGAGUCGAACCUGCUGGAGUGCAAAGUGUGUUUUGAAAGGUUCUCCCUGCAGAAGAAAGACCAAACGGCACAAAAUCUUCCCUGCGGCCAUGUGCUCUGUCUCAAAUGCGUCUGUGCCUUGUCUCACUCCGUCCAGAAGAAACUAGAGUGUCCUUUUUGUAGGAAAGUGUGGGACGUUGGCAGCACCUCUGAAUGCCGUGCGCUUGCAGAUCUCCAAGAGCUCCUGUUGUGUGAAUCUCAUUCCAAAUUGUCCUCUGAUCAUCAAGAAUGGACUGAAAGCUUGGGUUGGGGGACGUUGCGUCUCCAUUUGGCCUUCGGAGGAUGGGGGACGAUGGUCAACCCUACUGGAAUGGCUGUGGACGAAACAUCAGGACAGACUGUUGUGGUGCACGAUGCUGAUAAACGAGUCGUUGUUUUUGAUGCACAAGGAACUCUUUUAAACGUCUUUGGACAGUCGUCCAACAUCUGUUACCCACUAGAUGUUUCUUUGACUAAAACCGGACACAUUUUGGUCGCCGAUGCUGGUGACCAAUCACUCAAAGUCUUCACGUCCAAAGGCCGUCCUCUGGCGACUGUUCGAGGUUUUCGACUGCCGUGGGGUGUAGAUGUAGACAACCGUGGACGAGUUUUAGUGACCGACGCUGAGUUGGGAACCCUAAACCAAGUCGUAAUGGACUUUUCUCAUGGCGUGGUUUUAGCUAAGCGAGUCGUUUUGAAAGAACUGAUGCAUCCGCGUUCGGUUGCUUCUUGCAGAGCUUCGGGAAACAUCGCAAUCGUGGAGCGACUUCGGAGCAGCUUCACGCUGAGGAUAUUCAAUAGUGACUUCGUUCCUUUGACGCAGAUGGACGAUUUCGGUCUUCACUUGAAGAGCGCUUUGAGUUUGGUUAUAUCUGCGGUGGCUUUUGAUAGAAAUGGAGACGUGGUUGCUGGGGAUGUGCAGAAUGGCAUGGUUUGGAGUUUGGGAAAUCCACAGAAAAACCCUGCGCUGACUCCGCUAGUGAGCGGACUGAUGCGUCCAGCGGCAUUCGCUGCGACGGCGUUGAACGUGCUUGUUGUCUUGGACAGUGGUGAUCAUGCGGUCAAGUUCUACGCCGCGGACACUGAAGACUUAUAUUGUGAUCAAAAAUGAGCAUU